GGCAGCCUUAUACAAUGCCAUUGUUCUCCAUAACCACAAUUAUUCUCCUAUCCUUAUCGUAUAGUCGUCCACCGUCCAUCAGCUGAUCAUGGUAUUGGCAAUUGCUGCGAGCGGCAGCCGAACUAAUCGCAGAGACAAUCCCAUCUACAUCGAAGUGUCCAAUCCGCCACCAACCUACACAAGCGGGGACUGCGUACAAGGCCAGCUAAUCGUGGUGCCCACAUUCCAGCCUAAACGCAUAAGCAUAAGUCUAAAAGGCUUCUCUGCCGUUGAAGAUGCCCACGGAAGAAGCGUGCACCUCGAGUUCUAUGGACUUUCGCAAUUCCUCUAUAUCCACGAAAAUGAAUACGAUGACUUUCACCUUCGCGCCAACAACACGAAAAGUCCACCCAGAGUCGAGCUGCCUUUCACCUUCACAUUCGGAAAUCAUGCUACGAUACCUCCUCCCGCUGGUAGAGUAUGGCUUCAUCCAGGGGACCAAUGGAACCACCCCCGUUUCCAGCAUUCUCCUGGAUUCCCUCUACCUCCAACGCUUGAUGGUCCCACGCCCACCAGUCCACGGGUCGUGUACCAUUUAGAAGCGUAUAUGGAGUCAGAUCUACCAGGCACGCCACCAGUAAGAGUCCGACAAGAAAUCACCUACAUGCCUCCAGCCCCUUCCUACGACCGCUCCCUCCUCCAACCGGACCUAAACUUCGGCACCAAACUACCCAAACACUGCACCGGCCAAAAGUUAAUUCGAACACGCAAACUUCUCCCCAAUUACGCCGAGAACUCGAGUAAGCUCGGGCGCUUCAAAGACAAACUCUACGAUAAAGAACUCCUCUUUGGCAUCGAGUCCUUUGCAGAAAUCCCCUACGCCCAAUUCAAUGUCCUCGCCACUCCACCCAACGUCCUGGUCGUCGGUUCUCUCGUUCCCGUCAUCGUAACAGUGCAACACAUCAAACGCUCGGAAUCACUGCCCUCCCCUCCCGAUCUUUUCAUCCGGCGACUCAAAGUGCAGUUGAACGCGAAGGUCAACGUCUUUUUACCUAACGAAGCUUUCUUCAAACAUCCCAGCAGAGUAACCAACCACACCGAACGCCGUACCAUCGUCCUCUGCGACCACAAGUACGAAACAGGUGACGGCGAACCCCUCUACGACGGCCUCAAUCUGCUCGACGUGGCGAACAUCGAACUCGCAAAGGACGUUAACAUCGCGCCUAGCUUCACUAGCUACGGCCUAAAUCUAGAAUACGAACUCCAAAUCGAAAUCGCAGGCCGAUGCGCAGAUAGAGAAUGGUCUGGUAUCGCGUGUACGCAGCCCGUACAGGUGGUUACAGAUUUGCAAGCCUCAUCAACCGCACCUCCUAAUCCAUUCGAAGCGGGGCCUGGGCCGCUGGCGUACCACGAAUUGGAUGCUGCGCCGAGGGUGUACGAAAUGGCUGUUCAUACAGAGGAACCGCCGCCUUAUCACGAUGAGCCGCCGCCGUAUAGGGUGCUCCAGAAUACGGCUGUGGGGGGUCCAGUGGGUGCUGUUUAAGAGACUGAGCGUAUUCUUUUUUUUUUUGCGUAGUCUGGCCUUUUGGUGGACUUGGAGCGUGGUAAGGCAUGCAAGGAGGAAGUUUGUGGAAGGAGUUGUGUGACGCGGUAUGGGGUUUUGCGGCUAGAGUCGCACUUCUGGGCCAUGCCGACUGGGGAUCGAGCUGAGUUUGGUCAUGUCGAAGGUAACCUACGCUUUCGUAUUCUACGUCGCAGUUUCCAACUGUUGGAUUUGUCCGUUGAUAUACUUGAUUCGAUGAUGAGAAGAUGAGAUAUU